AUGGCCCUUCAAGCGAAAAACAAACUCGGGUUCAUUGAUGACACCAUCGAACAACCUACCGAUGAUUCUGUUGAUCUUCCUGCCUGGAGGCGUUGCAACUCCAUGGUUACCUCUUGGCUUAUUCAUUCCACGAUCCCGUCCAUUGCCAAUAGCAUUCUAUGGACCACCAAUGCACGGGAUGUUUGGAACGAUCUCAGCGAUCGCUUUUCUCAACAAAAUUCACCCCGCAUAUUUGAGAUCAGGCGUUCCAUUUCAAAUCAUUCCCAAGGGACUGAUUCAAUUUCAGCAUACUACACCACCCUCAAAGCCUUCCGGGAUGAGCUUUCUUCAUUCCGAUCGCUGCCUACAUGCACUUGCGGUACCAUGACCACCAUCAAUGGGUACGUUGAAACCGAUGCUCUCAUCGAUUUCCUUCAAGGCCUCAAUGACUCUUACUCUGCUGUUCGAAGUCAAAUACUUCUCAUGGAUCCCCUGCCAACAAUGGCCAAAGCAUAUUCCUUACUUCUACGAGAGGAACGACAGCGUUCAUUACAUGAAUCUCGUGCUGUUCCACUCAAUCAAGCCGCCAUCACUGCACAGCACUCUUCUUCUCUUACCAACAACAGCAGCAAGCGUCCUCCACGCACUGGUUCCAAAGGCAACAACCGGCCUCACUAUCACUGUAAUUUCUGCAAUAUGGAUGGCCACUCUGACAGUCGAUGUUUCAAACAACAUGGGUAUCCUUAA